AUAUGCAAUUUUCACGUCGCGUAAAGAGCAUUUUAUCCUCGUAUCAAUUAACGCCCACACAACACGAUGAGGUAACGCCGUUUAUUACUCGCACAAGAUUACUUUAAACCGCAUAAUUACGUCAAUGAUACAACCACAGAGUAACACCUCAAGAGCAUCAUAAUUGACAAAUAAUCUGUUAUAGCAUCUACAUAUUUUAAAUGAUUCUUGUAAAUUCAAGUUUUGGAAAAUUGUAUAAUGCUGAGCAAGAUAUAUUCGUGUAUCUCGAGUGUUCUCGUUUUUUUUAUCUAUAUUUUCUCCUCUACGAUCUCGCCGUCAUCAUUAAUUCACCUCGAAAGCAAUUCUCAUAUCAUCGGUCAUUUGAUAUGUUGUAAUUAACGCCGUUGCAUGUAAUGAUGCGACGUGCACCAGAUAAAAGUGCAUCAGCACGUGUUACAUAAACGUGUCUUCGACACGUACGGUUGGAUAAGAACAUUAUUAAAAACGUGACGAGCCACGAAUCUUGAGUGUCGAAUGUGGAAAGCGAAUAAUUGAAGCUCAACCUCGAACGGGAACGAACGAUCGUAAACCAAUUGUAAUAAGAUGAUGCGACUGCAUCGGAACGGAGAGCAUCGGAUCGUGUUGAUUCUGGUGCUAAUUACAUGUGGAAUCUCGUGGGCCAGCAUGCAAUGCAAAAUGGUAGUGAUGGAUGUGCACAUGAGGAGAUGCAGACUCGGCGCUGGUAGAACCAAGAGAGCCACGGAGAGAUUCGAUUUUCAGAAGUACGACGAGAAGUCCAAGAGGCAGGAAGGGCCCGACUACUCGACAGAGUCUCACGACUUCAGUGCACCACAGAAAAGACAACUGACACCCGGACGAAUCGGCGACAUCAUCCUACCGAUUGCGGUGGAGACUGCAAACAGAGCCAGAACGUACACCACGUCUGGGACAGGAUAUUACGAUCCCGGUCCGAGCCUGAUAGAACGCAUUUACGGUCGGCCAGGAUAUUAUCCCUCAUCAUCUUAUCCGCCCGGCAAGAGUAUUACGCCCUUUCGCGCUCCGACCCUCAGGAUUUUCGAGGAUUUCGGUCUCGAUCUGAAUAACGAAGAAUUGGAAGAAUUGUACAACGAUAUCUACGAAAGACUACCUAGAGCUCCGAAGGAGGAAGCUUGGAAAGCUUUCUUAGAGACAGCAUCGAAAUGCUGUCAAAAUAUCGACAGGUGUAAAAAGGAAACGACGCAUAUACCAUGCCUUGCGGUUUAAGUUCAAAUUCUUUAAACGUUCAAAAAUUAAUUGUAAUUAAAAAUUUAGCACUAAAACAUGCGAAAAUAGAAAUUAAAGCGUAGCAUUAGAUUUGUCGUUUUAUUUAUUGAUUUAUUGCACGAUUUUUCUUAUUGUGAUACAAAAAGGAUAGGUACUUCGUAAGAUAAACGACAUAUCGAUUAAUUUGUAUAAACGUUUAUUGGUCUAUUAUUAUUAAAACUAUAAUUGGUUGUUAACGCAGACAUUAACUAGGAUUCUUCGAAUGAGCGAUACAAUUCAGAUGUAUGCUAUGCUAUGUGUGGUAGAUGAUACAAAACUUCUACUUACAACCUGGAGAUGUAUAUGUCUUUAUUAAAAUUUACAAUUCCGCAUUUAGUUUUUGUCCACCUGCAUGGAUGGACUAAUAAAGUACGCGUUCGUCGA